AUGAGCGCCAAACCCGAGACCAAAAGGUGGGUUGUGAUAUAUCCCGCUUACAUGGACAGCGAACUGAAGACUUCUCAGGGCAGAAAAAUAUCCAAAGAGGACAGCAUCAAAUCGCCAAGUAUUUUCGAUUUAAAAAAAGGGUGUGAGCUUCUCAACCUCCACUUUGCUCUCGAGAGACAGAAGUAUCCGAGACAGCAGUGGGUGAUGGGGCGGGUCCGUGUUGAGUUGAAAGACGAAAGCAACCAACCAACAUCGUCAUACAAAAACAAACUUGCUGUAAUCAGGGCAAUUUCAAAACAGAUUAAAGUGUGUCGCGAGGAGGCCGAGAAAGAAGCGGCCAAAGAGGCCGGAAAGAAGAAGAAUAAAAAGUAA